AUGAAUCAGGACGGCUACAAUAACCCGCGUACGGCGUUAUCGACGCCUUCGGAAAAGUCGCCCGGGCCAGACUACGUCGACCAGGCCGGCCAGAAGAAACAGGACGACAUCCGCACCGCCUGCGCAGAGGGUAAUAUCCCGGCGCUGCAGCAGCUCGCCGAAUCCGAGGGUGGCUUGCUGACGGACAGUCUGCGCCAGCUCGCUUGGCCAAUACUGCUUGGGUUACCUGCACCGACCGUCAACGCCAGCAAUGAGAAACUUGCCGAGUCAGACGACGAUGACGGCCGCUGGAAGGAGCUGCCUCAUCACCGUGAUGAGGACCAGGUCCAGCUGGACGUGAACCGGUCCUUUGUCUACUACCCUCACAACCUCUCUGAGAGCGACCUCGAGCGACGACGAUCACAGCUUUCCGCCCUGAUAUCGGAGGUGCUUCGCACAUACCCCUACCUGUGCUACUUUCAGGGCUACCACGACAUAUGCCAGGUGUUCCUGCUUGUGCUCCGGCCGGCGUUGGCGGCCAGGUGUGUCGCCCGCCUCUCAGUGCUACGCAUCCGUGACUUCAUGUUGCCCAACCUCGGCCCUACGACGUCGCAGCUGCGUCUGCUCCCCGACAUACUCAGCCGCGCCGACCCGACCCUCCGCCGGCACGUUGCCACUGUAGAGCCCUUUUACGCCCUCGCCGGCACCCUGACCAUGUACGCCCACAACAUUGAGGCCUACCGCGACAUUGCCCGCCUCUUUGACGUCCUGCUCGCCCGCGAGCCCGUCUUCAGCAUCUACCUGUUUGCCCAGAUCGUCGUUGACCGCCGCGACGAGAUCCUCGCCAUUGACGAGCCCGACCUGCUCCAGGUCAUCCUCGCCCGCGUCCCCGCCCGCAUGGACCUCGACGGCCUCGUUGCCCGCGCCGCUCUGCUCUUUGCCGCCCACCCACCCGAGACAUUACCCGCCUGGCGCCGCAUCGCCCGCGCCAGCGCCCUCAAGACAGCCCGCGACCCCCGCCAGGCCGCGCGGCAGACGCUUCGAGACGGUGCCGCCUGGUUCGACACCCAGGCCAAGGAGCUGCAGUGGCUGGACCUCCGCAACUCCCUCCUGUCCGUCGCCUGGGCAUACCGCCGCCCGGCCAAGACUGUAGCCAUGGCCGUGGCCGUGGGCCUCGUUGCCUUUUACGUGCGUCGUAAUUCGACUCUUGUAAAUUAUGUCGUGUCAUUUUUUUCUUAG